UUUUAUUCCCAAAGCAGGCAAGGCCGUGAAUACGGAAAAUCUGAGGCCCAUAUCACUGACCUCGUGCACGGGCAAGCUUAUGGAGACGAUGGUACGGGAUCGCCUCUCUCCAUACCUGGAGAGCAAGGGCUUCUUUGCAGACACCAUGUUUGGGUUUCGCCCACAUAUGUCUGCACAGGACGUCCUUCUCCAGCUGCACAGGGCCGUCAUACAACCCACAACUAUGCAACACAAUGACAAAGCCAUCCUCGCCCUUGAUCUGAAGGGCGCUUUCGACAAUGUUAAACACGAUAGCAUCCUGGCCAACUUGAGUUCCACCGACUGCGGGGCUAGGACCUUUGCAUAUAUAAGAGAUUUCCUCUCUAAACGCCAGGCCCUUCUUCGGAUCGAGGACGAGGAAUAUGGCCCGUACAUUAUGGGAACACGGGGUACCCCUCAGGGAGCUGUGUUAUCACCGCUCCUGUUCAACAUUGCUAUGAUGCGCCUUCCAAACAAAUUGGCCCAGGUGGAAGGCAUUCAACACGCAGUAUAUGCCGAUGACAUUACAAUAUGGACCACCGAAGGGAGCAUUGGGGAAAUGCAGGAACGCCUUCAGCGGGCCGCAUCCAUAGUCGAGGCGUAUGCCAACGAUUGUGGACUCCAAUGUGCUCCAACCAAAUCAGAGCUUCUGCAUGUUAGAGCGAAGCCAACCGAUAAAUCAGCCAUACACAUCUCUCUGUCUGGGGUUCCCAUCAGAGAGGUGGAGGAGCUUCGGAUUCUCGGCCUGUUCAUUCACCACAGACUCAGACCGGACUCCACAAUUGCGAAACUCCGGAUAGUAGGCGAACAGGUAGGGCGCAUGAUCCACCGCGUUUCCAACAAGCGGGGCGGUCUGCGGGGCAGGGACGCGCUUCGGCUCGCCCAUGCCUUCGUGACUAGCCGGAUACUCUACGCCGUCCCAUACCUUCGCACUAACAAGCACGAAGACGACAGAAUAGAUGCCAUCAUUCGCAAGGCGACUAAGCGAGCUCUGGAUCUCCCUGUGGCCACCUCCAACGCCAAACUCAGAGCUUUAGGCGUGCUCAACUCCUACCAGGAGUUGCGGGAGGCCCACCUUGUCAAUCAAUACACGCGGCUCGUGCAGACGGCUCCCGGGCGCCGCCUGCUAAACCGAUUACAGAUCCAACACGUUUGCCCUGCAGAGGAGGCGGAGCGUAUUCCAGAACUGUGGCGCCAUAUGCUCUCGGUCUCUCCGCUCCCCAGUAACAUGGAUACGCACACGCACGAAAGCAGACGACAAGCGCGGGCUCGGACGCUUGAAAGACAACACGGCUCUCGACCUGGUGUAUUCUACGUGGACAUAGCAGGGCCUUCGCCCAAGGGAUUUUACACGGCCUCUGUAAUUCACCAGGAAAAACACGUCAAUGGGCUCUCCUUCCGAGCACAAAAUUCAGAGCGAGCUGAGGAAGUAGCGAUAGCGCUUGCUGCCGCGGAUCCCAAUUCGAAAGUCAUCAUCACGGACUCCCGUAAAGCAUGUGCUCACUACUUGGCAGGGGAGAUAUCCCCCUUAGCCGGCCAAAUUCUAAAACGGGCUGCCAUUCAUCCGACCCCGAAACGCAUUAUAUGGGCUCCUGGCCAUCAGGGCUUACGAGGUAAUGAGGCCGCUGACGCGGCCGCCCGAGCGCUUACCCACCGGGCUCCUCACCCUGGCUCUUAUGACUCAGAGGCCAAUACACCGCUUCUGCGGUUCAAAGAAAUUCUCUCAUAUUAUCGCGACACUCACCGCCUUUUCCCGGCUCCUGCAAAGGGGCUGAGUAAGGCGGAUGAGCGAACUCUAAGGCGCCUGCAGACAGGUACUCUACUCUGCCCUGCAAUAUUAAAGCACUACGAUCCAAACACGGAUGGGCGGUGCCCACACUGUGGGGAGACCUGCGAUAUCUUCCACAUGGUGUGGGCAUGUACUAAAAAUCCCGACCUGCCCCCUUCCCCUACCCCUUCACGAGAGGCAUGGGAGACUGCCCUCCUCAACUGCUCCUCACUGGAGUCGCAACGGGCUCUGGUGCGACGGGCGCGAGACGGGGCCUCGUCAUGCGGUGUCCCGGACUAG